UUUCCUUGUGCCGUGUCCCCGCGAUUCAUUCACCGGUACACACGCGCUUGCUCGAUCGCCUACACACAACAAAGCCACGCCCCAAGGACAGCCAGAGCCGCUUCUCACACUCGCACACUCUCGCUUCAGCGAUUCACACAACCCAUCCCGAACUCGGUCGAGGUGCAAAACCCCCCAACGCACGCCUCUAGCUGGUCUCGCCGGAGCACCUCGUACGCUUGGCCAUGAGGUGGUUACGGCGCUGCUGCUGCUGCUGCUUCGGGAGCGGCGGCGGGGCCGGCGACGGUCUGGUGUGGGACGUGGCCCUGAAGGCGCACGCGUCCGGGGACUACUCCGUGGCCGUGGCGCAGGCGAACGAGGCCCUGGAGGACCAGGCGCAGGUGCUCGUGUCCCCGGCCUCCACGCUCGUCGGCGUCUACGACGGCCACGGUGGGCCCGAGGCCGCCCGCUUCGUCAACGCCCGCCUCUUCUCCCUCAUCCAAGAGUUCGCGUCCGAGAACGGGGGCCUGUCGGCGGAGGUGAUCAAGAAGGCGUUCGGCGCCACGGAGGAGGAGUUUCUGGGCAUGGUGGCCAAGUCGUGGCCGUCGCAGCCGCGGCUCAUGUCCGUGGGCUCCUGCUGCCUCGUGGGCGCCAUCGAGGCCGGCACUCUCUACGUCGCCAACCUCGGCGACUCCCGCGCCGUGCUCGGCCGCCGCGCCACCGCCCCCGGCAAAGCGAACAAAAAUCACAAGAAGAAGCGUGUGGUGGCGGAGCGGCUGUCGAGGGACCACAACGUGGCCGACGAGUCCGUCCGGCGGGAGGUGGCCGAGAUGCACCCGGACGACUCGACCAUCGUGCUCAACAGCCACGGCGUGUGGCGGAUCAAGGGCAUCAUCCAGGUGUCCCGCUCCAUCGGCGACGCCUACCUCAAGAAGAAGCCCGACUACAACAACGCCAGCAACAACAGCAGCGGCAGCAGCAACCCGGCAGGGCUGGUGAUGAUGCAGUACAUCUGCCCGUUCCCGCUGCCGCGGCCGGUGAUGAGCGCGGUGCCGUCGAUCACGACGCGCAGGCUGCGACCGGGCGACGCGUUCGUCAUCUUCGCGUCGGACGGGCUGUGGGAGCAGCUCAGCGACGAGGCCGCAGUGGGGAUCGUGUCCCGGAGCCCCAGGAAGGGCGUCGCCAUGAGGCUCGUGAGGGCGGCGCAGCUGGAGGCGGCCAGGAAGAAGGACAUCAAGUACGAGAGCAUCGCGGCCAUCGAGAAGGGCCGCAGGCGGAGGUUCCACGACGACAUCACCGUCGUCGUGCUCUUCCUCGACGACCGCGGCGAUAGCAGGAGCGCGAGUACUGGUGGCGCCGCCGAAGGGAUCGACGGCACCUUCGCCCCCGUAGACGUGUUCUCGCUCGGCCCCGACGACCACCAGAGCGAGGAUCCGACGAGGCCCGUGCUCCGUUGAUCGAUCAUCUACAUUACCAUUACGUGCUGGCUAUUCUGCUCUCUCCAAACGGGAGUUACGAAAUGCAUACGCGUUUUUUGGUUUAUCGAAAUCGUUGCAAUUACGGAAUUUAGUAACCGAGAGGAUUGUAAGUAGUUGUGCAGAACACCGGUAUCAUAUCGUGUGCAAAGAAUUAGUACUAUGCGGCACUCUUUGCUUACGCUUCUUUGUGUAAAGUGGCUUGGGGCCUUCCAUCCCCGGCAAAUUUUUGCCUCGUAAUCCAGUUCCCUGUGUGUUCAUUGUUUUCAAGAGAUUAAUUAA